AUGGGGACUCUUUUUGAACCUACCAUCCUACCAUCUGAUUUAUGCCUGUCCUUUGUGGCCAUAAUGACUUCAACUAAUAAAGCAAUUGAAUUGCAACUACAAGUGAAACAAAAUGCAGAAGAAUUACAAGACUUUAUGAGGGAUUUAGAAAACUGGGAAGAAGAUAUUAAACAAAAGGAUAUGGAACUAAGAAGACAGAAUGGUGCCCCUGAAGAGAAUUUACCUCCAAUUCGAAAUAGGAAUUUUAGGAAAAAGAAAAAAGGUAAAGCUAAAGAAUCUUCUAAGAAAACUAAAGAUGAAAACACAAAAAAUAGGAUAAAGUCUUAUGAUUAUGAGGCAUGGGCAAAACUUGAUGUGGAAAGUAUCCUUGAUGAACUUGACAAAGAGAGUACCCAUGAUUCUGUGUCUCAAGAAUCAGAGUCAGAAGAAGAUGGAAUUCAUGUAGAUUCACAAAAGGCCCUUGCUUUAAAAGAAAAGGGCAAUAAGUAUUUCAAACAAGGAAAAUAUGAUGAAGCAAUUGAAUGCUACACUAAAGGCAUGAAUGCCGAUCCAUAUAAUCCUGUGUUGCCAACAAACAGAGCAUCAGCAUACUUUAGAGUGAAAAAGUUUUCUGUUGCUGAGUCUGAUUGUAAUUUAGCGAUUGCCUUGAAUAGGAGUUACACAAAAGCUUAUGCAAGACGAGGUGCUGCUCGAUUUGCUCUGCAAAAAUUAGAGGAUGCCAAAAAAGAUUAUGAAAAAGUAUUAGAACUGGAACCAAAUAACUUUGAAGCAACAAAUGAACUCAAGAAAAUUGAUCAGGCUUUAACAUCCAAAGAAAACUCACACCCAAAGGAAGCUGACACAAUGAUUAAGUCAACUGAAGGAGAGAAAAAGCAAAUGGAAGAGCAGCAGCAUAAGCAGCAGGCAAUUACAGAGAAAGAUCGGGGGAAUGGAUUUUUCAAAGAGGGAAAGUAUGAAAGAGCAAUUGAAUGCUAUACUCGAGGAAUAGCAGCAGAUGGCGCUAAUGCCCUUCUUCCAGCUAACAGAGCAAUGGCCUAUCUGAAGAUUCAGAAAUAUGAAGAGGCUGAAAAGGACUGCACACGAGCUAUUUUAUUAGAUGGUUCGUAUUCUAAAGCUUAUGCCAGAAGAGGAACUGCAAGAACAUUUUUGGGAAAGCUAAAUGAGGCCAAACAAGAUUUUGAAACUGUUUUGCUUCUGGAACCUGGAAAUAAGCAAGCAAUAACUGAACUUUCCAAAAUUAAAAAGGAAUUAAUUGAAAAAGGACACUGGGAUGAUGUGUUUCUUGAUUCUACUCAAAGGCAGAAUGUGGUAAAACCCAUUGAUAAUCCACCCCUUCCUGGAUCAGCUAAACCACUCAAGAAGGUGAUUAUUGAAGAAACUGGUAAUUUGAUACAGACUAUUGACAUGCCAGAGAGCACUACUGCUGCUGCUCCAGAGAGUAAUCCUGUUAACAUAGCAGAUGUAACUGCAACCACAGGCAUUGCAAGUAAGAAGAAUUCAAGCCAAGAUGACCUUUUGCCCGCGAGUGACAUUCCAAAAGCAAAAGUAUUGAAAAUAGAAGAAAUCAGUGAGAUUUCAGCCCUCCAACCUAAAGCUAAUAUGAAACAGGAUGUAUGUCAGUCUUCCCAUGAGAAGAUUUCUACAGAGGGAGACAAAUUGCCUGCUCAGUUUAUCACAACUGUUCUUCCUCCAGUUCCUGCAAACUCAUUCCAACUUGAAUCUGAUUUUAGACAACUGAAAAGUUCUCCAGAUAUGUUAUAUCAGUAUUUGACGAAAAUUGAACCAUCCUUGUAUCCUAAGUUGUUUCAGAAAAAUUUAGAUCCAGAUGUAUUCAACCAAAUCAUUAAAAUUCUGCAUGACUUUUACAUUGAGAAAGAAAAGCCAUCACUCAUCUUGGAAAUUUUACAAAGGCUUUCUGAAUUAAGAAGGUUUGAUAUGGCAGUGAUGUUCAUGUCAGAACCUGAGAAAAAAAUUGCACAUGUAUUAUUCAGUCACAUAGAGAACUCAGGGUUGAAGGAUAAGUCUGUUGAAGAACUCAAGAAAAGAUAUGGUGGUUGA